UGGGCCAAGAGUGCUGUCAAGAAAGAGAGCCACACCCCCUCUACCAGCUGCCAAAUUUCCACAAGCCUCCAGCAGCAGCAGCAACAGCAGCAGGACAUACUGCCAAUCACAAGGAGCCCUUGGGAACUUCAGGAUGCAGAUGUCUCAAGUCCUUGCCUGUCUCACCCUGGGCCUGGCUCUAAUCUUUGGUGAAGUGUCCACCCUGUACCCUCCCCAGUCCCGGGAGGCCCGACUGGCCACAGACUUUGGGGUGAAGGUGUUUCAGCAGGUGGCACAAGACUCCAAGGACCGCAAUGUGAUUUUCUCACCCUAUGGGGUUGCCUCGGUUCUGGCCAUGUUGCAGGUGAUGACAGGAGGAGAAACCCGGCAGCAGAUCCAAGCAGCAAUGGGAUUCAAUAUUGAGGAGAAAGGUGUGGCCCCUGCCCUCCGGCACCUACACAAACAGCUCCUAGGGCCAUGGAACAAGGAUGAGAUCAGCACAACCGAUGCCAUCUUUGCCCAGCGGGAUCUGAAGCUGGUCCCGGGCUUCAUGGCCCACUUCUUCAGGCUCUUCCGAACCACAGUCAAGCAGGUGGAUUUCUCAGAGGUGGAGAGAGCCCGAUUCAUCAUCAACGACUGGGUGAAGACACACACAAAAGGUAUGAUCAGUGACUUAUUUGGGAAAGGGGCAGUGGACCAGCUGACACGCCUGGUGCUGGUGAAUGCCCUCUAUUUCAAUGGCCACUGGAAGGCACCCUUCCCCACCAAAGGCACCCACCACCGCCUCUUCCACAAGUCCGACGGCAGCACCGUCUCUGUGCCCAUGAUGACUCAAACCAGCAGGUUCAACUACACCGAGUUUACCACCCCUGACGGCCAUUACUACGAUAUCCUGGAGUUGCCAUACCAUGGGGACACCCUCAGCAUGUUCAUUGCUGCUCCCUAUCAGAAAGAGGUGCCACUCUCUGCCCUCACCAACAUCCUCGAUGCUCAGCUCAUCAGCCAGUGGAAAGGCAACAUGACCAGAGUGCCCCGCCUCCUGGUUCUGCCCAAGUUCUCUCUAGAGAGUAAAGUUGACCUCAGGAAGCCUCUGGAGAACUUGGGGAUGACCAACAUGUUCAGUCCAGACCAGGCCGACUUCACGAGUCUUUCAGAACAAGAGCCUCUCCACGUCUCGCAGGCACUGCAGAAGGUUAAGAUUGAGGUGAAUGAGAGUGGCACAGUAGCAUCCUCCUCCACGGCCAUUUCAAUCUCUGGCCGGAUGGUCCCUCAGCAGAUCAUUAUGGACAGACCCUUCCUCUUUGUGGUCCGGCACAACCCCACAGGUGCAGUCCUUUUCAUGGGCCAAGUGAUGGACCCCUGACCAUGGGAAAAGCAGCCUUCAUCUGGAAGAAAACUGGAGAAAAGAAGAAACGAGGAAAGAAAGAAUUUUAGUUUUAUUGACUCUUUCUGGAGAAAGUGAAGAUAUUCACCUUUUAAAAAUCAUAAAAUUUCAAAUCUGUCUCCUAGACCUCAGACUCUCCUAGGACUUGGAAAGAGGCCCUUCAGGUGAAAUUCCUCAGUCUCUGAUGGGGACCCUGGAGAGAAGCCUGGACCACAAAGCCUGCAGGUCUCCAGACUUCUAACUAUAACAUCCACAGAAUCAUCAGUGCUUCUGCCCAUUAUCUCUGUCCACUCAGGUUUUCAGACCUGGUUCCUACCGGGGCCCUGGUAGGAUGGAACCACCAAGCUUACAGGAUCUUUUAUGUGCUUGGUAGAAAUGAUCUGCGUUCCAGUCAUGUUGCCAUCACUCUUGCUCUGUCUGCCACUGCCAAAGAGGCUGGUUACAGGCCAAAGAAGGCCACUAGAAGGAACAUCCUUUCAUCUCAAGGCCCAUUCUGGCACUGAUCACCCUUUCCUAGUGCAGGGGGGCUGAGGACUGGCAAAGCAAUUCCCCUCUGUGCUGAGACAGAAAUAGUGUACAGAUAUUAUUUUGGAGUGUAGGUGACUUGUUUACUCAUGGAAGCAGGUUUUUGCUUCCCUUUAUUUUACAGGAAUAGAGGAAGAAAUGUCAGAUGUGUGCUUGCCUCUUCACCCCCAAUCUUGUUGUGGGGAGGGUGGGAUGCCAGGGGUAUGCCCAAAUAUUUAUCACAUCCUUGCCCUUGUUAGUGAGGAACAGUACUAUAAACAGGAUAAAAAAAAAAAAAAACAACAACACAUUAUUUAAACUUGCUCAUAGUGUUGCUUUGUGGUCUGUCAUUGCAUCUCAAGAGUCUGGCCACUUGACUGUCACACCUCUCUGGGCAGCAGGCAUGAUGGGGCCCGCACUGCCACCUUGUGGCUGCCAGAGCCCCCUCACUCCUCCCCUUGCCUGGUCUUUUUGUACUUGAUGGAUCAGGGUCCCUGCCAAGACGUUCCAACUUCAGCCUGCUUUAGGGACCAAAAGGUUGGGGUGGGUGAAAGACACUUCAUUGAGGACAGAGUGGUUUCAAACUUUUUCAAUGUAUUUAGGAACAGAACUGCAAGGGGCUGCACGACCUACCAGGACAGAACUUUCCCCAAUUACAGGGUGACUCACAACUGCAUUGGUGACUCACUGCAAUGUGUCAUUUCCGGCUGCUGUGUGUGAGCAAGUGGACACGUGAGAGGGGGUGAGAGAAAGAGACAGAGAGCUCAGAUUCAGCUACCUUAGUUAGAUAUUUUCUUUGAAAAGCUAGAGAGAAUGGCACGAAGACUAAUUUAUUGAAGAAUUGCACAUAAAUCUCAAAUGAAUGUACUCAAAUAGAAGCCUAAUCAUUCUACCAUACUCUGCACUGAAAAAUCUUCAUACUUUGUUGUUUUUUUUCUUUUUAAAUUAUGCACUGGACAGUGACAGCCACACACAGUACCUACAGAGGGUGGGGCAAAUGUUCUUGAAAUUGUGUUGAUUUGUAUGCUUUUUCACUUUUGAUAUAUAAACCAGUAAAAAUGUUUUUAAAAAUAAUGAAAUAAAUAAAUACAAAGAGUAUGCCA